AGCCCCGUCCUGUCCGCAUCGCAGAGAAACACAGUUUCCAUCUGGAAAGGAGAGCGGCGCAAAAGAGCUCUCUCGCUCACUCACUCACUCUCGUCGCUCGUGCUUGUCCUGAGAAAUUACAAUAUUCAUCACCAGGCGAACAACCCUCCGUAUUCUCUCUUUCAGUAUUGCAAAGAAGCUCAAUUUCCUCUCGUCUGCAGAGCUCCCAGGAUUCCCGAGCCUUGCCCAGCUGACAGGCUUUUUAAGAUGGCACAAUAACAGUUCCAGUGAUGCCUGACCAUGACAACACAGCCCUUCUAAACAGACAAACCAAGAGACGAAGAGUUGACAUCGGGGUGAAAAGGACUGUCGGCACAGCAUCUGCGGUAUUCGCCCGAGCAAAAGCAACCAUACUCAGUGCCAUGAAUCCCCACGGUUCGGACCAGGACGUCGAGUGCUCCGUGGUGCCACACGGCGACGGCGAGAAGUCCAAUGUGCUACGCAAGCUCCUGAAGAGAGCAAACUCCUACGAGGACGCCAUGAUGCCCUUCCCGGGCGCCACCAUUAUCUCACAGCUGCUGAAGAACAACAUUGGCAAAAACGGCGGCAGCGAGAACGGCAACUUCCAGGGCAGCGGCGGUCUGUCCAGCACAGGCUCCGAGGCCCACCAAGAGGACGCGUGCAGCAACUCGUCGCGCGAGAGCCCCCAGGAGUGCCUGUCGCCCUUCGGCCGGCCCACCAUGACGCAGUUCGACAUCGAGCGGCUGACGGACGAGCACCUGCGCGCCAAGCGCGCCCGCGUGGAGAACAUCAUCCGCGGCAUGAGCCACUCGCCCAGCGUGACGCUGCGCGGGGCCGGCGAGGGCGAGCGCGAGCGCGGCGACCGGGAGCCGCGCGAUCGCGACCGGGAGCGGGAUCGCGACAGGGAGCGCGAUCGUGACCGGGAGCGCGACCGGGAGAGGGAGCGAGAGCGCGACGGGCCCCAGCACCACCAGCAACAGCAGCAGCACCAGCAGCAGCAGCAGCAGCAGCAGCAGCAGCAGCAGCCUCCCAGCCCACGCGAGAGCUACCGGGAGAACAAGCGCAAGCAGAAGCUGCCCCAGCAGCAGCAGCAGAGCUUCCAGCAGCUGGUGUCGGCCCGCAAGGAGCAGAAGCACGAGGAGCGCCGGCAGCUCAAGCUGCAGCUGGAGGACAUGCAGAAGCAGCUGCGGCAGCUGCAGGAGAAGUUCUACCAGAUCUACGACAGCACCGACUCGGAGAACGACGACAAUGACGGCAACCUGUCGGAGGACAGCAUGCGCUCCGACGGCGGCCUGGAGAACCGCGCGCGGCUCGACGACUCCGUGCCGGACCGCUCCGACAACGAGAUGUCCGACCUGGACCCCGGCCACUUCCUGGACCGGGCCCGGGCGCUGAUCCGCGAGCAGACCAUGAUCGCCGAAGGGGGCGACAAGCCCAAAGGAGACGGCUCCCGGGGGAAGGGCCACGGGCCGCAGUCCAUGCACGCCGAGGGCAAGCACCUGGCCGAGACGCUGAAGCAGGAGCUGAACACGGCCAUGUCGCAGGUGGUGGACACGGUGGUCAAGGUGUUCGCCAAGCCGCCCCGCCCGGCCCUGCCCCAGGUGUUCCCACCCCUGCAGAUGCCCCCGGACCGCUUCGCCAUGAACGGCGACAACCCCAACUUCCACACGGCCAACCAGCGCCUGCAGUGCUUCGGCGACGUCAUCAUUCCCAACCCGCUCGACUUCACCGGGAUGUCCAUGCCCGGCGCCAACGACCAGACAGAGGCGCUGCCGCUCGUGGUGCGCAAGAACUCUGACCAGUCGUCCGGCCUUCCCACCCCUGGGGCUCACCACCACCCCUCGCUGCACCCAUCUCCGCUCACGGCCACCAUGGGGUUCAGCCCGCCCUCGUUCCGCCACCCAUUCCCACUGCCCCUCAUGGGCUACCCUUUCCAGAGUCCCCUGGGGCCACCCUCGGCCUACCCGGGCAAGGACCGCUCUUCCCCAGAGUCGCUUGACCUCUCCCGGGAGACCACGAGCCUACGGACCAAGAUGUCGAACCACUUGAACCACCACCGCUCCAUGUCCCCCACGCACCCGGGCAGCACCACCGAGGGCCUGUCCCUCUCGCUCAUCAAGUCUGAGUGCGGAGACCUCCAGGACAUGUCCGACAUCUCACCGUACUCAGGGAGCGCAUUCCAAAUUCAGGAAGGCUUGUCCCCGAACCACUUGAAGAAGGCCAAGCUGAUGUUCUUCUACACUCGCUACCCGAGCUCCAACAUGCUCAAGAUGUUCUUCUCAGAUGUGAAGGUGAGUUUGUUUAACAGGUGCAUCACCUCCCAGCUGAUCAAAUGGUUCAGUAACUUCCGCGAGUUCUACUACAUCCAGAUGGAGAAAUUCGCUCGGCAGUCCAUCAACGACGGCGUGACCGGGGUCGAGGAGCUCAGCGUCAGCCGCGACUGCGAGCUCUUCCGUGCCCUCAACAUGCACUACAACAAGGCCAACGACUUUGAGGUUCCGGAGCGGUUCCUGGAAGUGGCACAGAUCACGUUACGGGAGUUUUUCAAUGCCAUUGUGGCAGGCAAAGACGUUGAUCCUUCCUGGAAGAAGGCCAUAUACAAGGUCAUCUGCAAGCUGGACAGUGAGGUCCCGGAGAUUUUCAAAUCGCCCAACUGUCUACAGGAGCUUCUGCACGAGUAAUGACACACAAAAAAAUCGCAUUUCCCCUCCUGCUCCCUCACACCACACCACAUAACAGCAACACCAACCCGAUAACCCCACGGCUCACGCCCUCCAACACCUCUUGUUGUUAUGAAGUACGAAGUAGCACCACUAUUUUGACCCCCCCCCCCCCCCAACCCUGGCUACCCUUUUGGACGAUUUAGCUGUUCAUAUACAUAUUUUCAUGUACAUAUUUUUUUUUCUUUCUUUCUUUCUUCCUCUGUGCUUCUUUUUCUUCUUUGGAAAGAAAGCUCUGGUUGUUCUAUUUUUUUUGACUGUUUCUACUUGAUUCCUUUCCCUCUCAUGUUUCAUGCGAUGCUCUUUAAGUUUCUGGGCAUUAUUAUUCCACACUCUGGUGGCUCAUACAACUGAAACUAAAAACUUUCCCUAAAACUUUCAGCCUUACUAGAGACCCUAAGGCCUGAACGGCCACCCCAGAAGGCUUUGGUUUCACCUGUGGGACAUUUGAUGUGUGUGUGCGUGUGUGUGUGUGUGUGUGUGUGUGUGUGUGUGUGUGUGUGUGCGUGUGUGUGUGAGGGUUUUAUUGCAGAAAUACAACUUUACAUUUGUAGCUUGUAUAGAUGUAAUUAUUAUUUAUGAUUAAUAUAAUUAUUCCUAUUGAUGUUAUCAAUGCUUGCUACAAAUUGACACGUGGUUCUCCUGUUUCUCAUGGCAAUGCUACAUUUUAAAAAAUAAUAAUAAUAAAUUAUUCUUUGAACAAAAAAAUAGAGGGGUAUACAUUUUCUACCACCAAAAAAACAAACAAACAAAAAAAACAAACAAAGCAAAACAUAUAUCCGACAUGUUUUUGAAGGGACUGUGAUAACCGAUUUCUCCAUUUGGCCUUUUCACUCUCUCGUUGGCACGGGUCCAGUGUUCUUGUGUAUUGUGUCCACUUUGAUAGCGUAGGCACCAGGGGAGGCAGGCCCGCUCAGCGGCAGCCUCCUUGACAGCGCAGCCUCUCCUGUAACCAAGCAACAUGGCCAUUUCACACUGGGCCAGGCCGGCUUUUGCACAAAAAAAAGAUGGAUGCUUUCCCACAGAGAGAGACCAUUCUUGCCCAUUCUAAAAGCACACUGUCGCAGUCAGCCGUACGCGUGCUCACAUAAGCACACACACACACACACGCACGCACGCACACGCAGACACACACACACACAAACUCCAAGUCCAAUGAGGGCCCUCAAUCCCCCAAGACAAGGGGUUUGUUGUUGUUGUCGCUCCUUCCACCUGCUGGUAGGGAAACAUCUCCAUUAAUGGACUGAAUUCUGU